AAAGAGACCCUCAGACGGACAGGGCUGCGUGGCGGACGCUGUCAUCUACUCUAUCCGGGACAACGGCGUGUUGGUGUUUGUCCCAGAGUAUGGUGCGAAAGGGCCGGUGUAUAUGAAGGAUCGCGAGGGCCAGGUGGUGGCUGCAGGACGGGACGGCAGCUGUGAGUGGCAGAGCGGCUCCGUGCGACGAUACCCAGACCACAUCACCACCACCUCCAGCUGCGGGACCUCCACCUUCAGAGUGUUUGACCACAUCACCGUUCGUAUUUCUGUCCGCUCGACGCAUUGCCACGCAGACAGCCUAAACCUCGAGGUCAUCAGCAGCAAGCCCCACCGCAGCGCAGAGCCCCAGCAGACCCGGUCCCAGGGCCGCAGCCAGCUGGUCCAGGAGGUGGUGCGUCUGGCCGAGGAGGCGCACCAGCAGGCCCAGGAGAAGGCGGCCCGGCGCCCCAAACUCUCCAAAGAGGAGAGAGAGUUCUGUCAGAGCAAAACUCCCAAUCUGUACUCGCUCCUGGAGGAGGUGAGAGAGCUGGCUCUGAUGGACCUGGAAGUGGUCGCACAGGUCUGUGCAACGACGGCAUAGAGCGGCCGCAACCUGGGCUCAGCUGUAAAGGAAGCGAGGGACUCUGGAAACAUAUCAUGGAUGACUUCUGUAUACGUCUCAUAGGUAUAUCAGUUUACAUCCAUGAACAAAUAACAUUAAAGCCAAGCGGGCGUUUGUCUUUCACAAAAGGACAUUUUUAUGAAUCAUGAUGGCAGAUUUCUAGUUAUUUAUUAUCUGAGAAUUAUCUUUCUGUCAUUUGAAGAACAAAUGCUCGACAGUGAGAUGUGUAAAUGAGGUCUUUAAUGAUAUUAAAUGAGAGAAAUAUGAUGAUUUUUGUGGACGUUUUCGUUACGUUGGUCCCAAUAAAACAACCCCAGAUUAAAAUUUUAUGUAAAUAGAGAAGAACUGUUGGUUGAAGUAGACAUUAAAUGAAGCACUGACUUUUGAUGACACUUUAUAGAUACUGAUACAAAUAAGCAUAAACUAAUGUUUAACAUCUAGAGUUAAUGAAGCACCAAAAUGAUAAUUGGAUUUAUAUAUUUUUCAAAACCAUUGAUAACAAAGUUCUUCACUGUUCACAGUGUGUAGCAUAAUGUAGAGCCUGAUAUUUGAGAGUUGGGUAAUCCAAUAAUGAUAUAUGGGCCAAUAUUUGUUCAGUAUUACAAAGCACAGUAUACACUAUGUAUUCAUUUGUGUAACAUAAUGUUGUAGCUGUUCGUUUAAAUUAAAUUUCCAUUUAAACACAGCUGCCAAUUUCAGAUUUAGAAAUUUAAAAACAGAAAACAGGAUGUUUCUCCAAAGAUAAAAUUUUAAGUUUUAAUCUUUAAACUAAUUGGCUUCUUAUUUUUACUGAAUUGAUGGACCGGUGUCCAAACGCACGCUCAAGUCUGUUUUCAGUAAACCUACCGGCUAAUUUUCUACACACAAGUGUUAAGUGAAAUCCCGGUCAGAGUGACUGCAUGGUGUCGACCUGUAAGCUUCAGCCUCCUCCUGUGGUCAUCAUAUCAGCUGAUCUCGAGCAUCAGCACUGUGACCACAAACACAUAGUACUACCCUUUAAUAGGAAGCGGGUGCGAGUUGCUCAGGUAGGCGCUGCAGUAAUCAUUGACUUGUAAUCUAAUUGGUGCUCGUGCUUUUUUGUAUGAAGGGUAAAGUGUUUCCACAGAAUCUAUUUUUGUAAAAUGGUUUAUUGUGGCUUUUAAUUAAACCUGUAUGGAUGAACACUGAA